UAUCCUUUAAACUUCUCCAAAAACAAUAUACCUUAGCAUUGUAAGAAAUUACAAUAAGCACCUAGGAGUGGUAAAAAAAAUGAUAUAUAGCAAAUAUAGGCCCAUUCUAUUUUCAUAUGGUUCUGACAACUGGUGAUUUUUCAAUAGUAACAGUCCAUACUUGAUUUAGAAGAGUACUAUCAUAUCAUAGAUAACAUUUUCUUCUUUGUUACUAUAUAUAUAAACACAUAUAGUGUAACCUUAAGCUAUCAUGCUUCUUCUACUUUCUACCACUAGAUUCACUGCUAUAUGCCAGAAGAAAAUCAUUCAUGGCAGUGAAUGAAAUUAGCAAAACAAGGAUCCACCAAAAUAGUACUACUACUACUACUCAUCAGCAACAACAACAAGAAGGGUGUGAUCCUUGUAAGUCUUUUGGCCAAAAGUGUAGUCAUUUGGUGAAGAAACAACGUGCAAAAUUCUACAUUCUCCGUCGUUGUAUCGCGAUGCUUUUGUGUUAUCAUGAACGUGCUGAUCAUUGAGAAGAUGCUAAGGUAGAUGCAAGAAGUUAAGACUAAUUAUUUUAAGAGCUAGGAGAUUAUUAAUUAAUGUCGCAUUAUUGUCUUUUAUUUUAUUUUUUAUAUUAUUAUUUUUAUAAGGUUUGUAACAUAAAUUAAGAGGGUACUACUAGAAAUUAAGAGGUUUCUUUGUCAUACUAGAAAUUGUUGGUUUUAAUUUUUGUUAUUAUAGGAUUUGCAUUGUGUGUAAACUAACAUGUGAAAGAGAUUAGAUCUGUUUCAAUUUUCACAACUAUUGAGUAGAUCUUCUUUUUCAGAUGCUUAGAGUAUGUUUCUCAAAUUCACAUUAAUGUCAUUUCACCCAUCAUCAUCUUA